AUGGCCAGAGGCUCCUUUCUCUUCUCCUUCUCUAACAUCUUUUACCCGGACCUCUCCAGCUCUGGUAAGGGCGAGCCCUUCCAUGCCUCAUCCCCCUUGCAAAUUGUCUUUGACAAGCUGCAAAUGUUUGCCCAUGACAUGAACCUGAAACCAGGAGCAUUCCUAAGAAUAGUGGGAGACAUAUUACCUGAUGCCAGGCACUUUGCAAUAGAUUUGGGCGACACUUACGAUAACCUUGCACUGCACUUCAACCCUCGCUUCAACUACCGUAACUGUCACAAUGUUGUCAUUUACAACACCUUGUAUAAUGAAUAUUUUGGCAAGGAAAUAAGGGACUCCUACUUCCCCUUUCAGAAGGGGACCAGAAUGGAGAUUUGUAUACAACUUCAAGAGACUUUCUUUGUGGUGAAGCUGCCUGACGGCUAUCAGUUUAGUUUUCCAAAUCGCACUAAGAUAACAACCAUUGACUAUGUGGGAAUUCACGGGGACCUCACAAUCAGAGCAAUUGCCUUUGAAUAA